AUGACAGUCAGGAAUUUUAGCUGUUCUAAUAGCUACAAAUAUAUUAUUUCAGGAAAAUGUUUGGCUAAAUCUGGAAAGGUUCAUCAAGCACAUGAGGCAAUUUUGCGUAGCAUUGCUGUUUUAUUUAACAGUAACAUAUCCAGCCACAGCUCAAUUUCUCUUGGUCCGUUGCUGGAUUUUAUUGGGAAGGAAAUCAAAGGAGAUGUACUUGGUGUUGAUCGGGCAAGAAUACUAUACAACUUGUGCAAGUUGAGUCUUCAAACUUACCACUCCAGGGCGAGCAGGUCUAUUUGCUGUGAUCUAUCUCAUAUUCCAUCUCAAAAGCUGGUUUCAUGGUUAACGUUGGCCUUUGUACUCAGCAGAGAGGUUCCAAUACUUUACCAAAAGAUUUCAAGAUUACUUGCUGCUUUAUACCUGCUUUCUUCUUCAAGUGCUGAGUUCUCAUUUCCAUGUGACGGUGAAUUGUCUGUAAGUCAUUGGGUUACAUAUUAUCAUCAAGUCUCUCUUGGUGCUCAUAUGAACUACCAGUUCUUAUCAAGUUAUAGCAGAAGAUACAAAUCAGGACGCAACUCAGACAAAGAGGCUUCUAGAUUGAGAUGCAUGGCUUCUGCGGAAUUUGACUUCCUCAGGCUUGCUCCAGAAAGCACUGAAGAUCUUGUAAAGUUUGCAAAGAACUUUUUCAAUAGUCUGUCAGAAUCAACUGUCAUUUGCAUUAGCGUGCUUGGAGGCACACUGAGUAAAUUGCUGCAGAAGAUAAUGAAAAGCCCCCCUGUUUGUGCGUGGCUGCUCUUGUCACGUCUAAGCUCAAAGAGUCAGCCUGUAGCCGUACUUCUGCCUGUAGAUUCAGUACUUGAAGAAGGCUCAGACGAUGAUGAUUCAAAUCCGAGCAAUAUUGAAGUGAAUGGGAUCAAGGAGAUGGAUAAACGAUGGGUUUGUCCAUGGGGUGAUGUAAACUUAAGGAGGAAGAAGAGAGAGCAACUCAAUCUUCGUCUUGCUAAAUUCCUAAGAAAACUUGAAGAUUUAUGGUUGGGUCCCUGGAGGCAUCUGCUUUUGGGAGAAUCGUCAAACAGUAAAUUGCAUGAGUCCACGCAAAAGAAGCUGGUUAAGGAGCUAAGGUCCAAAUGUAAUAUGGAAGUAAAUGAGACACUUCUAAAGGUUUUUCUUGGAAAUGGAACAAAUGGGUUUGAAGGAGACGCAUGGAUAUCUCAGCUUUGUCUAAAGAAUGGUUGCUACAUAGGGCGAAGGGACCAUAUUGAUGAAGGUGAUGGAUGUGCAUUCCCUACCAGUGCAUCUUAUGGUCCUCAAACUGUUCUGAUGGGAUGCAGCAGCGGUUUGCCAUAUAGAAGAUCAGGCAGAUACGUACCAAACAGUGUUCCCACGUCUCUCCUGCUAGCCGGUUCUCCAGUCAUUGUUGCAAACUUGUGGGACGUAACAAGUGAUAUUAACUGUUUUGGGAAGGCAAUGCUGGAAGGCUGGUUCAGAGAGAGGAGUGAUGAUUGUACAUCAUCAGAGAGAGUUGGGUCGUUCAUGGCUGAUGCACGCGAUGCUUGCACUAUGCAGUUCUUGACAGGGGCUGCGCCUACGAAAGAUGUUCCAAGUUAUGAGAAUGAAACAUGA